AUGUUGGCACCUUUGGAUCUUGGCUUCGGUUGGUCAUCUGAACGAGGCAUGGCUGCUAUCGCAUACUCGUCUUAUUCACCACUGGCGCUUCGCGAUAUGCCCCAGCCUAAACCAAACGAUGCACCAUCCGACAUAGACCCCUCUAUCUUCACAUUCGAAGAUGCAUUUGAAGAUCUCCUCGCAGUGUCCCAGGGACAACCGCUCCCAGACAUUAGGUCUCGAUAUGAGCAACGAAAACUUCUGCGUUCCAUGUUUCCGACUGGUGAGCCGGGCUACUUCUGGCUACGCAGGUUGAGAUCGCAGGGUCUUAUGGAAGAAUCCACGCCCACCCGGUUGAUGAAGUCUGCUGCCGAGAACAAUUGGGAACGAUUCCACCAAGAGCUCGAUCGCAGCGCUCAUGCAGUAUGGCGGGCUGUAUUAGGCGAAGAUGAGGGUCAAGACUCAUUUAGCGCUCACGAACAACAGCACAACGACAAUAAGCGAGACGUUGCAUUAAGCAGUCAGCAGCGAAACAGAGAAAGGAUCCGCUUCAACCCAGACAAUCCAGCUCAUCACGAUGUCGAGCUCCUCCGCGAUGAACUGCAUGAGGGCCGAAGUAGACGACAAGAGCCUGAGCAUUUUGACGAUCUAUUCUCUGCCAUCCAGUCAUCCUUUGCUACCGGUCAGUCAGCGUGGGAUUCCUUUGUGAAGAUGCUCAAUGAGAACCCUGCUCCUCCCUUGAACCAAGAGCGAAAACAGCUGCAGAAGCCUGCAAGCGAUGAGAAACAGAUUGUUACCAAGGAUGAACAUGUGGAUCGGUUUGGUUACCUACAUACCAAGACACUGGUCAAGACCUUGGAUGAGAAUGGCAACGAGAUUGGAAGCCAUAGCCACUAUACGGUGCGACUAGCUCCAAAGGAUAAUGAGAAUGAUCAGAUUGAAGAGCAAGGCAAAGACAAUCAAGAAUCUGGCUUCAAGGUAAACGGGAGCCUGGAGACCAAGAAAAGCUGGCUUUGGAAAUAA